GUUGAAAUUAAAAAUAAAAUAAAAUAAAUCUCAAUGAUCUUGUAAUAUUUGUCCAAAUAACAUUUUGAUGUAAAAGCUCAAAAAAAUGAAGUACAACAGGUGCAUACUAUGAACAGGCCACUCACGACAGUACAUCGCACCAACACAUACACACUCGUACAUUUACACCUUCAAACCCACACAAUCACAACCGCAACAAACACUUCAUGGAACACCCAAUUGAAAGAGCUUGCCAAACAAGGCCUCUACCAACAAGGCCUCCACCUCUACCGCCGUAUGCUCCGCUCCGGCGACUCUCCCAACGCCUUCACGUUCCCUUUCGCCCUCAAGUCCUCUGCCGCCCUCUCUCUUCCCCUCUCCGGCGCACAGCUCCACUGCCACGUCUUGAAAACCGGGUGCGAAUCCGAACCCUUUGUCCAAACCGCAUUGAUUUCUAUGUACUGUAAAUGUUGCUUGAUUGACAAUGCGCGUAAACUGUUCGAUGAAAGUCCCCAAUCGAGGUUGCUCACUGUUUGUUACAAUGCUUUGAUUUCUGGGUAUACUUUUAAUUCUCAUUUUUUUAAUGCGAUUAUGUUGUUUUGUCAUAUGAGGGAAGUGGGUGUUUCGGUUAAUGCUGUUACAGUAUUGGGUUUGAUUCCGGGUUGUACUAUUCCCAUGCAUUUGGGUUUUGGGAUGUCUGUUCAUUGUUUCACUGUCAGGUGUGGAUUGGAUUUUGACUUGUCUGUUGCGAAUUGUUUGCUUACAAUGUAUGUUCGAUGCGGGUCUAUUGAACUGGCCAGGAACUUGUUUGAUGAUAUGCCCAAAAGGGGAUUGAUUACUUGGAAUGCAAUGAUUUCUGGGUAUGCACAGAAUGGGCUUGCCACCCAAGUUUUGGACCUUUAUCACGAAAUGGUAUCAUCAGGGAUUUCUCCUGACCCUGUGUCGCUUGUCGGGGUUUUGUCAUCUUGUGCCAAUCUUGGAGCCCAAAGAGUUGGUCUUGAGGUGGAACAGCGAAUAGAACGUAGCAAAUUUGAAUUUAAUCCCUUCCUGAAAAAUGCCUUGAUUAAUAUGUAUGCUAGAUGUGGUAAUUUGGUGAGAGCUCGUGCUAUUUUUGAUGAGAUGCCAGAGAAAAACUUAGUCUCAUGGACUGCGAUUAUAGGUGGGUAUGGAGUGCAUGGACGAGGAGAAACUGCAGUGCAACUCUUUGAAGAGAUGAUUAAGACUGGCAUUCGACCUGAUGGAGCAAUGUUUGUAAGCAUUUUGUCUGCUUGUAGCCAUGCUGGAUUGACUGAUAAGGGUUUGGAUUUUUUUUCUUUAAUGGAGAGGAAUUAUGGGAUGCGGCCAGGUCCAGAGCACUACUCUUGCGUGGUGGAUCUCUUAGGUCGGGCAGGUCGACUUGCAGAAGCCCAGAGGCUCAUUGAAUCAAUGCCUGUGGAACCUGAUGGUGCUGUAUGGGGGGCCCUUUUAGGUGCUUGUAAGAUCUAUAGAAAUGUCAUGCUAGCAGAGUUAGCUUUUGACCAUGUCAUUAAACUUGAACCGAAGAACAUUGGCUACUAUGUUUUGAUGUCUAAUAUAUACACUGAGGCAGGUAUGUCACAGGGGGUAUUAAGGGUUCGUAUGAUUAUGAGAGAACGGAAGCUUAAAAAGGAUCCUGGUUGUAGUUAUGUUGAGUAUAAAGGGAAGACUCACCUCUUUGUGGCUGGAGAUAGAAGACACCCUCAGAUAGGGGAGACAUAUAGAAUGUUGGAUAGGUUAGAAGUUUUGGUGAAGGAACUUGGUGGGUCUAAGAAGCAUGAUCAAGAGAGGAGAAAUGAAGAGCUUAUAAGUGGCAUGGGAGUGCACAGUGAAAAGUUGGCUAUUGCAUUUGGUCUCUUGAACACUGGUGUAGGAACUGAGAUUGUUGUGAUAAAGAACUUGAGGAUAUGUGUAGACUGUCACUUGUUUAUUAAGUUGGUAAGCAAGGUUGUGGAUCGUCAGUUUGUUGUUAGAGAUGCAACUCGUUUCCAUCAUUUCAAAGAUGGAACCUGUACUUGCAAUGAGUACUGGUGAAACUUGCCCAAAGGUUUUCGAAUUUCACAAUCAACAUGCCCCAUAGAAAAUGAAAUGUCAAUUCCAUAUUUAUACUGAAAAGUUCGUAGAGAAGUGCAAACAUGAGUGACGUUUCAACUUUGAGUGCUGGGAUUGCCACAGUAAACUGCUACAGUUAUUUUCCAGAAUAUUUAGUUGAUCUACAUGUGGCAGUUGAAAAUAAAUCAAGGGAAGCUGCGUUGGCAAUGAAGUAGACCGCAGGAUUUUUGGCUACGGGUUUGAGGAGGUUAAAGCACUAUGGAGACUGAUAGAAAUUUUUGUUGGGAUCACCAGUGACCACCUCACAAUGUCAAUAAUUUUUUGUUACAAUAAACUGGGUGAACAGUUUGAAAGAUAAACAUCUGGCGAACUUGAGUCCUGCCAUUGAUUAAAGCAUGAUAUUUGUAAAUUAGUAAUGACUGCAAAGAUGGCAGAAACAUGGUGAACAACCUUAUGGUGGAAAAGAGGGUUUAUUGAGAUGUAUUCAUAUUCAUAGGAAUAAAUCAAUGAAAUGAUGAACAACCUUUUGGUGCUUUAGAA